AUGGGCGUCAGUGCAACUGCAACUGCUGCGAUGUCUAUUGCGACACCUGCUGCUGCUGGCGGUCCCCGGACUACGCGAGUCGCUCAGUCUUCUACAAGAGUGGUGGCUAUGACGGCUACGACUACCACCGUGGUGGGGACUGCUGCAGGGACUGCAUUAUUUGCUGCCAGGAUUGUUGCGACUCGUGUCGCCGGGAGCCCUGCUGCGCUGGCAGUUGUUUUCUUGGUGAUCUUCGUGUUCCUGGUCUUCAUUGGGCUUUUCUUUGCUAUGGCAGCCUUGGUUGCCUGGAUGCAAAAAGUGGCUCAGAAAUACCUUGCCUUGAAGGAGCUCCAAGUACUGACAGGGGAGUACAUUGUCAAAGACCUGUCAGAGCUGGAAAAGCAGUACAGUAAUGGCCAGGAUCUGGAACAAGGGAAUGUCGGGCCCUCAGCUCAUCGAGCUCCGAUGUGGGUCCCCAUGAUGCCACAGGAGGUUCAGAUCAACUUGUACCGUGACCUUCAAGCAGUGUAUGGAAUGGAAAGUCGUUGA